AUGCCCCUGCAGAUCAUCCGCACCUUCCGGAUUGAAACCAGGAAGGCCUCCAAGGCGGUGGCCCGCAGGAAGAACUGGAAGAAGUUUGGCAACUCCGAGUUCGAUGCCCCCGGUCCUAACGUGGCCACCACCACGGUGAGCGACGACGUCUUUAUGACCUUCAUCACCAGCAAGGAGGUGAGUCCGGAGGGGUGGGAGCCGGCGGGACCUGACGACAAUGCCACCAUCCGCGUCACCAACCUGUCCGAGGACACGCGUGAGACUGACCUGCAGGAGCUGUUCCGUCCCUUCGGCUCCAUUUCUAGGAUCUACCUAGCCAAGGACAAGACCACCGGGCAGUCCAAGGGUUUUGCCUUCAUCAGCUUCCACCGCCGGGAGGAUGCGGCCCGUGCUAUCGCCGGGGUGUCCGGGUUUGGCUACGACCAUCUGAUCCUCAACGUGGAAUGGGCCAAACCUUCCACCAACUGA